UCCGGCAUCUAUCAGUAUAAUGGCCCGAUUCCGUGUUGUCGGACUCCUUGCUCAGCUUAUUGCUGGUUUUCAAUAGCUCAUGACCCCGUGAUCUCUCGCCCAAGACCGUAAAAACGGAUUGUUAUCUGGUGAAUUGCGCAUUCACCUAGAUAGGCGGUACGUAUGUUAACGGAUAAAGCGGCAAACAUGAUAUAUCGCACUCAUAGGAGAAUAUAUAAACUUCAAUAACGAUACACCUGACCAAUCCAUCAACUUCGGUCCGUAUAUCAAACUCUCCACAACUCCAUCUCGAUCUAGCACGACCCUCCAUUAUGUCAAAGGCCGAUACUCCUAAAGAGGAAUUGCCUCAGACCCACUUCGAUGCUUCUAAUCAGGCGGUUGACUGGGAUGCGUACAAGAAGGAGGUCCCCUUAUGGAAGAGAAUCCAUAACCACAGUUUGACGCAGAUGUUGCUCAUGAGCGUUCAGGCAUUCUGCGGACCAGCCAUGUCAGAUGCUAUCUCAGGAUUAGGUGGUGGUGGGUUGGCAAGUCCCCAAACUUCUAAUAUCGCUAACGCCAUCAACUAUGCAUUCUUGGCCAUAACAUGUUUCCUGGGAGGUCCUCUUGUGAACAAGCUUGGUACAAAAUGGUCUCUCGUACUGGGCGCCAUGUCUUUUCCCAUUCAAGGAGCUUCAUAUUAUUGCAACAGCAAAUUCGGCACACAAUGGUUUCUCAUCUUCGGUGCUUUCGUCAGCGGUAUCGGAACAGGUUGUUGGUAUGUAGCGGAAGCAGGUACAAUCAUGUCUAUCUCUCCUACUGGUGCUCGUGGAAAAUACCUCGCUCUGUGGAUUGUCUCUCGUAAUCUCGGUCAGCUAAUUGGAGGAGCUAUCAAUCUUUCAAAAAACCACACAGCUGGCGUAGACGGCGGAGUUACUCCAGAUACAUACAUUGCGUUUUUAAUCAUCGAAAGCUUGGCCUUCCCCUUUGCCUUCCUGAUCUCCCCGCUCCAUAACGUCGUACGAUCGGAUGGUACUCGAAUCAGAGUGUCCAAGCCUCUUUCAACAAAGCAAGAGUUCAGGCAAAUCUUGACCACCAUGACAUCUAAGCUCGUCUUGCUCUCGGCUAUCUGGGCUAUUUGGUCAUUCUUCUACAGUGGUACAUGGUCUACUUACCUUGCCACUUACUUUUCCACUCGAGCUCGAGCCUUAUCAUCCCUUGUCUCUCCGUUCUUCUGCAUUAUUGGCUGUUUCGGCCUUGGUUUUAUCCUCGAUAUCAAGGGUCUCAGCCAACGACGCCGUGCUCAGCUCGGUCUGUUUACUGUCAUCAUCUUGAACACCGCCGUCUACAUCUGGACCAUCAUCAUGCAAGUCAGAUUCAACCGCAAUAACCCCGGAGCCAUCGACUGGAACGACUCCCUCUAUCCUUCUGCAUUCCUUCCUUACUUCUUUGUGCAAACAACCGGACCUCUUUCUCAGAGUUACAUGUACUGGCUUAUCUCGUCAUUUGCUAAAGAUGCUCAGUCCAACGUUCGUAAUGGCUCUCUUUUCAGGUGUCUCGAAGCGAUCGGCCAAGCUAUCUCUUUCGGCAUGAACACCCAGAUUUCUACAAGCCCUCUCAUUGGCGUUUGUGUAACAUUCGGUCUUAUGGCUGCUGCGCUCAUCCCUAUGCUCUUACUUGUCAACACUACUCCGGACAAGAUCCCUGCCGACGAACUGAUGGAGGAGGAACAGCAGCAAGGAGUAGCAGCACAGGAUAUGAAGGAAAAAGAAGACACAGGAGAGAAGGAGGAAGAUGUCUCGGUGUUCGUUUCUCCGGCCCAUUAAAGGUCAAGUCUUUUUAUACAAAUACACAGGUUGUUAAGAAGUCAUAAAAGUUGUUCAUCAUCGUUUGUAG